UUGACAAGUCAAAGUCAAGCAUUUUUCGUGGUUUGAUUCUUUCUACCCGCGGGGGCACUUUUUUUGUUGCUUUCUUGUUUUAUGAAGUUUGUUAUAAAAUAAUUGUUAACUUAUUAUUUAAUUUCAUUAACAUUAUAAAUACCUCAUAAAUAUCAGUUGUCAUAAUGAACGAUAGGCCGCCAAUCUACAGCCCACCACUUCGACCAGAAGACGAGGAAGAUGAGCGCAGACAUUUCCUCAAUAUUAUCCAAGCUCUUAAAUGUUAUAGGUCUUAUUCAUAUGCUCGAGUUGAUAAAACUGAAUACUACCUCAACACUCUUAACGAACGCCAUCAAAAUAUGUUGGCCAAGUAUCGAAACCACAUCGGAGCCGUCCGCUACUGUAUUGACGAAAACUUCAAAGUUAUCCAAAAAAUGCUGCGUGACUCGGAUGAAGUUGAAAAACUGUUCUGUCAAUAUCCAACAGGUCCAGCAGUACACCAAGAAGAUGCACAUGCACAAAAAGUCCGUUACCAAGACAUGGAAAAUCCAGUCGUUGAACCUUUUAAAUUAUUAAAGGUCCAGUCCACGCUGAAGCAGUUCGCACGCGAUUGGAGCGCCGAAGGUGAACCUGAACGUUCACAAUCCUACAAACCAAUUAUUGAUGCGAUUGAGAGUUUUUUCGAUCCAGAGAAAAUGGAACUAAAUGAAGUUAAAGUUUUAGUACCUGGAGCUGGUCUGGGGCGACUGGCUUAUGAACUGGCAUGUCGGGGAUAUUUCUGCGAAGGCAAUGAGUUUUCCUAUUUUAUGUUGAUUGCUUCCAAUUUUGUGUUAAAUCAAUGCACAAUUGAAAAUCAGUUCACAUUGUAUCCAUGGGUUCAUCAGUACGUAAACAAUCUCAGAAAAUGUGAUCAAGUUGCUCCUAUUAAAUUUCCUGACGUUUGUCCACUUAAAUCACCUCCAAAGGGUGAGAUUAUGAUUACUGCUGGUGAUUUUCUACAGGUGUAUGAAAUUCCAAAUUCAUAUGAUUGUGUAGCCACGUGUUUCUUUAUAGACUGUGCAAAUAAUAUCGUAGAAUUUAUCGAGACCAUAUAUAAAAUUUUAGUUCCUGGAGGAAUUUGGGUUAAUCUAGGUCCUCUGCUGUACCAUUUCAGUGAUAUGCAAUCUGAAAAUAGUAUCGAACCAACGCACGAAGACUUAAUGACAAUAAUUGAUGCAGUUGGUUUCGAGACAAUCAAAAGCGAGACUGGUGUACGUACAAAGUAUGCACAAAACCCUAGAUCCAUGCUGAAGAGUGAAUACGAAAGCCUCUUCUGGGUAUGUCGAAAACCAAGCAUAAUAACUACGAUGCCGCCAACAGAUAAUGACCAAAAUGGCAUAUCGGGGGAUAUGAAAAUUGAAUGAGGCAAUAACUUUGUAAAACAUUAUCACCUCCAAAAAUGAAUUAGCUUUACGUUUAUUUUUUUUUUAUUUUUGUUCUUCUUUUCUUUUACAUGAACACAUAAAUUUUGUUUUUUGUUUUUUUAUUCAAUUUCACUAUUUCACCUUUUUAAACGUUACAAUUUGAAUUCAAAAACUGAACAAACAACUGAGGUACUUUGUCGAGAGUGCUACUAGUUGAAUGCAUUUUGCUAUAGUUUAGAAAUUGCCUUCGCAAUCGGUUCAACUGAAUUGCAUUAAUAUUGUCUGGGAGGUCGACUUUAAUGUUGCUACCUUUAACUGGUACCGGUCCGGUGAUUCCUAUUUUGCGUGACGACAUAACAUCUGCCACUAUUUGUUGGGUCAAUUGAUCCAUUUCGAAAAGGUAGUUGGUUGCACUUAUGGGAGCCUGGAAGACGAUCAAAUAUGAUAUAGAACUUGAAGUUAGAUAAGUAAAUCUAAAUCAAUGUAAAUUAUUUAAUGUGACAAUUGUUUUGUUUAUAUACAACAUACAUAACAUUUUCUUUUGUUUGUAAAUAAUAAUAAUAAUAAAAAAAACAUAAAACAUUUAAUAUAAUUAACUUA